CGAAUAAAAAAUAUUAUGGAAAGAAGAGAAGAUGAUGUACAAUACUAUAAGAUUGAUAAUUCAAAUGAAUAAUAAGACAAGAUUAUAUUAACUUUGUUUUAAAUAUUGAUGAAUGCCUUAAUGGGAAGUCUAUUUUUUUAUUAUUCAACUCAUGAGAGUAAGUAUGGUAUUCAAUUUUAAUGAUAAAGGUGGUGAUUAAUGUAAAUUUUUAAGACCUUGUGCAUUAUGGUUUGGAAUAUAUUGUUUUUUUAGUUUGUUUGCUUCAAUGUAAAAUGAAAAUAAUAAUUAAUUUUAUAAUUAGAGUACUUAAUCCAUAUGCAAUUUAUUAUAAACAUGAUUAGAUUUUUGAUUAUGCAAACAUAGUUGAAGGAUCGAUGAAACUAGUUUUCUUUAUCUUAUUUUGUGUAAGAAUAGGAAUAAAAUUAGAUUGCAUUAAUAAUAUCAAAUAAUUGUGGAUAACUAAAGGUUUUGACAUUAAUAUAUAUAAUUUUUAAUGUAAUUGUAUUUUUGAUGUUAUGUGGACUGCCAUAUUUUGCAAAGCCUAAAAAAGAUGA